CAGUCUUUACCUUGUAACAUUUCAAGAAGAAACCAUAACAAGAUAUUUUACAGAAAAUGUUUUGUCACGUUGUAACAAAUGAUGCAAAAUUGCGAUAAGAUAUUAAAUAAAUAAUCCUAUAUAUAUAAUUUUAUCAAGUGAAGUGUUGUGUAUUCACUAACGAUGUUUUCAAAUUGGGGUCUUUUGACCGACCUUGUCGGUGUUAUAAUCGCCGCUUUCGCCAUCAUUAUCGCUUAUUACAAAUGGACUUUCGGGUAUUGGAAGCAAAAAAACAUCCCUUACUUCCCCCCUAGUAUCCCCUUCGGCAACUUGGAGAAUCUUUUUACAGCAACUUCAAACAUAGGUGUCCAAGUGAAACAUUUCUACGACGAAAUGAGACACAAUAAGUGGAAACAUGGCGGUUUGUUCUUUUUGGCCAACCCCACUUACGUGGUGGUCGACUUGGAGUACGUGAAAAAUGUGUUAACCAAAGAUUUUCAAUAUUUCGUCGACCGUGGGGUUUACUACAACGAGGAAGUGGACCCCAUUGGGGCCCAUUUGUUCGCACUUGGGGGCCCCAAAUGGCGCAACUUGCGAACUAAACUCACCCCCACUUUCACUUCCGGGAAAAUGAAGAUGAUGUUUCAGACUUUGGUCGACUGCGAAGUCAAUCUAGUGAAGAAAAUUGAAGCAAAGAGGAAGACACCAAUUGAUAUUAAGGACGUUUUGGGGUGUUUCACGGCUGAUAUAAUCGGGUCUUGUGCGUUUGGACUCAAUUGCAACACUUUUGAAGAAGAGGACUCGCCGUUUAGGAAAUACGGGAAGAAAGUCUUCGCUGGUUCGACACUACAACGGCUCCAAGUCUCUAUUUUUAUGAAUUUCCCAAGACUUGCAAAGUUUUUACAAAUGCGACAAAUCCCCAAAGAUAUUGGUGAUUUUUAUUCCAAAGUGGUGACAGACAAUGUUGAGUAUAGGGAAAAAAAUAAUUUUACCAGAAAAGAUUUCAUGCAAUUGUUGAUCGAUAUGAAGAAUAAUAAAUCAGAGGGUGAUGGUAAUUCUUUAACUUUGGAUGAAAUCACUGCUCAAUGCUUCGUUUUCUUUAUCGCCGGUUUUGAAACGUCUUCAACCACAAUGACUUUUGCUCUCUAUGAACUUUCCAAAAACCAAGAACUUCAAGAGAAAGUGAGAACUGAGAUUGAGACAGUUUUGGCCAAAUAUGACGGCAAAAUCACUUACGAGGCCAUCCAAGACAUGAAAUACAUGAAUCAAGUUUUGAAUGAAACUUUGAGAAAAUAUCCUCCGCUUCCAUUCAUCACCAGACAAUGCGUCAAGGAUUACAAAAUCCCAGACCAAGACAUAAUUAUAGAAAACGGGACAAGAGUCAUAAUCCCAAUUCUUGGGAUUCAUUACGAUCCCGAAUAUUAUCCCAAUCCUGACAAAUUUGAUCCUGAGAGAUUUAGUGAAGAAAAUGUGAAAAAUCGACACAAUUACGCACAUAUACCGUUUGGGGAAGGUCCUAGAAUUUGCAUAGGUUUACGGUUCGGUUUGAUGCAAUCAAAAGUCGGUUUAACGUCACUCUUGAGGAAAUAUAGGUUUAAACUGAACAAGAAAACUAAAGAACCAAUCAAAUUUCAAGUUAAGUCUGCCACUUUGGCAGCGGAGGGGGAGGUGUGGUUGGAUGCUGAAAAGUUGUAAUUGCUAUUUUCUUGUGUUYAWUAAAAAAAUUAAAAACAGUUAUUUAUUAUGACUAGUAAAAGGGUAUUUACUAUUUAAUUUUAGUUUGUACAAAAAGGUGUUGAUAAUAAAGUAAACUGACUGUU